UUUACAGCUUAAUUACCGAUAAUUCUUAUAUAUAUCAUUAUUUUAAUAUAAUAGUUAUGAGCUAUAUUUAAUUAUUUCUACGCUGCUGCUAAUCAUGACGUCACUAAUUCAAAGUUUGAUCAUAUGUGUGAUAUCAAUAGAAUUUGUUGUAUCCUCUUUUGAUAUAGAUGUCAUUGACUUGAAAGUAGGCUGCGACAACGUCGUCAGUUCUGGAUUAAAAUUUGACAAAUGUGGAGUUUGUGGAGGGAAAGAAGAUACAUGCAAAGUAAUAGAAGACGUCUUCAGGCGCAAUAAUUUAAUUCUUGGAUAUAAUUUCGUUACUCGAUUACCGUCAGGAGCAAAGCGAAUCAACAUCACAGAACUUUCAAAAAGCCAAAACCAUUUGGCCCUCAAUAGUUCCCGUCCCGGAGGAGGUAGCUACAUCAACAUUAACGCAAUAAGGGGAGUUUUAGACGAAUCGAGGACAUAUCCACUUCCCGGCACACAUGUAAGAUACACAAGACCUUUUUUAACUGAUGAGGGAGAGGCGAUGAUGAUUCCAGGACCUAUUAUAGAAGAUCUAGACGUAUGGCUUUUUUAUCAAGGUGAAAACCCAGGGAUAUCCUACAAAUACACUAUCGAUUUACCACAAGAUCAGAUAAUGAAACCUACUGUCCCGGGUAAUCAAGUUCAACAAAAUUAUGGACAGGAAUCUGUAGACCAAUCACUUGACGUUCAAGCACGAAAUACUGACCUGGAUGGCCACGCCACCAGCGACCAAUCGAAAGACGAAAAAAAUGUUCAGAUUCCGCAAUCGCCAGUCAUACCAAGACGUAACCCAACAUGGAGCCGUAGGAGACGUCCAUACGUGAGAGGAAAUCAUCCUUACACUCGUUAUUCACCAGCAAGAAAUGACUACUACAGGCAGCAUAAUGAGUUGAAGCUACAACGAUCAAGCAGCGAAUUCGAAAGACCUGCUAUCGUUCCCACGAAUCCCCGCCGUGAGAUUAGCACUGCAAACUUACCUCACAAAACAUCAAAAUCACCAGACCGUGAUAAUGGCGGGUUAAACGCAGGAAUACAAGAAGGAAAUAAUGAUGUGGAUUCCUCAGAGAACUUGAAAACGGAAACAAGUUUCUUGUGGAAGUCGAUGGGAUUUGGGCCGUGCUCGAAGUCAUGUGCAGAAGGACGACAGACUAUUUUGAUAAAGUGCGUCACACGAGAAACAAGGAAUAUUGUGGAUGACAAAUAUUGCAACGGUUUGGCAAGACCACCAUUUUUGGUCCAAAGAUGUAAUAGACAAGCUUGCCCGGCAUAUUACAACUUUGGGAAAUGGUCCGAGUGUUCACGGUCAUGCGGUGUCGGACGACGUUCGAGACGAGUCUCGUGUAGGCAGUUGUUUUAUGGAAACUUUUCUGCACCAGUCAGUCCCAAACGAUGUCGCAAAUUGAGAAGACCAAUAAGUCAUCAACAAUGUGCGGUGCAGGAGUGUCCGAGUUGGAAAAUCCGGUCAGAAUGGUCCAAGUGCAAUGUCGAAUGCGGGAUCGGAAGACAAACAAGAGAUGUUUUUUGCACAUCAGGUGAAGGAAUGGCUCUUCCUAGGAUACAAUGCGCGAGAACGAUACCCCCACCUAGUGUUCAACCAUGCCGACUUGACCCGUGCGUAACGGGUUGGUUUAACACGGACUGGGGUCAGUGCUCAGCCGAUUGCGAUACCGGAGCUCAGAAACGUGAUGUUAUUUGUGUGAACUCCGCAAAUACUCUGCGGGGUUGCCAGGGGCAAGAUAAGCCCAAUAAUACAAGAGGAUGUACAAGGCCAUCAUGUGGGGAAAAAUACGACUGGUUUGCUGGAACCUGGGGGCCUUGUUCUGUGGAAUGCGGUGGAGGCACACAAGACCGACGUGUCGUUUGUUUUGUUUUGUCAUCUGACGGUCAAAUGAGGGUUAGCGAAGACAGUGAUUUGUGCAAUGCAGAAGAUAAACCGACAGUACAACAGACGUGUAAUACACAAAGAUGUGGAUCGAGAUGGUAUUUUAGAGAAUGGAACGAGUGUUCAGUCACAUGCGGCGGAGGAACAAAGCGACGUGACGUGUUGUGCUUAGAUUCAGGAGGAAAAUAUAGUUCACUUUGUAAAGAAGUAGAAAAACCGGUGACUCAAGAGAGAUGUAACACAGUAGAUUGUAGUUCUUUCAUUGAUCCUACUUGUGUUGAUAAGUUAAAAGACUGUAGAAUGGUUCGCCAAGCACGCCUUUGUGUGUAUCCUCACUAUAGAGAGUCAUGCUGUCACACAUGUUCCCGAACAUAGAACAAACAACCUUUGUUGUGGAGCACUAUAAGAGCAAGUUCGCUAGGAAAUCGAUAUGGAAAAGAAGAUUACCAAGUCGAAAUAAUCAAAGAAAUAUUUCAAGAUGAAAUAACGACGCGGUACAAAGGAACACUGAUAUUAUUAUCAUCAUCAAGGCUGAACGCUUGAAUCUCAUCCAUUUUAAUAUUUAAACCGUCUUCCACACGGAUAAAAGCAUUUUUUCGCGUGUAAUGUUUCACUGUGAUUUUUCACACUUAUUACUCAAUGAGUUCCAUUUGGACGAGACGGUACGAUUUUUUGCUGCUGUAACGUCUAUGAGUUCCUUUAUAAUCGAAAUUUACACAAGUCAUAACUAUUAUUAUUAAAAUAUGAAUUAUGAUAUA